GGACCACCUCAAGAACAAAACGACUAUAGCAUUACAAUAAGUUUUGGUCAGUGUGUACUCCUCUGCUGCCGUCAUGUUGGUCCAUGUAGUGAGCCUCCUGUGUGUCCUGGGAGCUCAGGCUAUGGAGCUACACAGAGUCACUCCCACCACAUCUGCAGAUGCCCAUUCAGCUCCCAUCGUCCACUGCCUGUGCUCCAGUGUCCCCGACCGGACCGUGUGUUCAUGGGCAGACCCUCCCCAAGCCACGCCCCUGCAUUACAUCGCCACAUACAGUGAGAGACAGAAGCAGCCGGUGACCAGGCCAUGUGUCCUCAUCCCCCCUGGAGCCCCCCACUCUCAACUCAACGUCACACUACCACCCUCUGCUCACAAGCUAUGGCACUGUCACCUGCCCGAGUUGAAGCUGCUCACAAACUACAUCCUGAACGUGACCGCGGUGUAUCCAGGAGGCAGCAGCUCACACCUCUCCACGUUCAUGAUGGAGGACAUCGUGAAGCCGGACCCCCCACAGGCCGUGCAGGUGUCGUGCCAAAACUCCAGGACUGUGCAGGUGAAGUGGGAUCCCCCCUCCACCUGGGCUCACAUAGAUAUCUUCCCCUUAAAGUACGAGCUGCUGUACCAGUGGACGAGCAGAGGCCAGCUCAAGUUUAACCACUUGGGGCCUUUCAAGCGCACGAGUACACCUGUGAGUGGCCUGGCUGUGGGUCGGACGUACCAGUUCCAGGUGUGCGCCAAAGACUCUUUGGGCCUGGGCCACUGCAGCGAAUGGAGCGCCCCCGUCAAUAUAACCCUGCCAUUACACACACACAGAGUUUAAAGUGGAGCUAAACACUACUCUUUGUUCACUACUUAACUGUGUGUAUGGUGUUUUAAUAGCAGUACCUACUCUUUAUUCCUGGUCAUUUUUUUUGGUUACUUGAAUACACACGAGUUACAUUUGCAACUUUCUGGUCAAAAACAGCCAAAAACUGAGUGUGUGCUGACUUCAGUGGUCUCUGCAAAUUCCAGUAGUUGGUGACAUCACAAAAGACUGCCCUGAUUACAGCCAGGUGUUUCUGGAUACAAAUACCUUCCUGCAGGGGCCGAGUUUGAAGUGUGGAGACCAAUCACACUGUUCCUUAUAACCCCCCAGACUCCGCCCCUCCUCCCGCCUCACUCAGCCCUUUAUUCCUCCGGGUACUGCCCAGUUUA